AGGUCUUGAACAUGUUGUGUUGUUGGGUGGAGGAUCCGAAUUCAGAAGCAUUCAAGAGCCAUCUGCCCAGAAUCAAAGAUUACCUCUGGGUAGCUGAAGAUGGCAUGAAAAUGCAGGGAUACAACGGUUCUCAACUGUGGGAUGUCUCGUUUGCGAUCCAAUCGAUUCUCUCAACGAAUCUCUGGGAAGAGGAAUUCUGUGCUUCAAUGCUCAAGAAGGCACACAACUUCAUAAAAAACACACAGAUUAGAGAGGAUCCUUCAGGCGAUCUAAAGCAAUGGUAUCGUCAUGGUCGAAAAGGUGGAUGGCCUUUCUCCACUCCAGAUAAUGGAUGGGCCGUCUCAGACACUUCUGCAGAAGGCCUAAAGGCUGCUAUGAUUCUGUCUCAGAUGCCAGCAGAAGUUGUAGGAGAUCGUCUUCCAGUAAACCAAUUGUUCGAUUCUGUUAAUUGCAUUGUAUCUUUCCAGAAUGAAAAUGGAGGGUUUGCUUCGUAUGAGCUUACAAGAUCUUACCAAUGGUUAGAGGCCCUCAACCCUUCCGAGAUGUUUGGAGAUAUCAUGAUAGAUUAUCAGUACGUGGAAUGCACUUCGUCGGCAAUUCAAGGACUGAAAGCGUUCACAACAGCUCAUCCAGGACACAGAGAGAAAGAGAUUCGAGCGUGUAUUGUUAAAGCCCUUCACUUCAUUCAAACCAUACAACUCCCCGACGGCUCCUGGUAUGGGUCUUGGGGAGUUUGCUUCACAUAUGGGACAUGGUUUGGGAUAACAGGGCUUGUGGCUGGAGGGUUGACCUACCAGAGUUGCCCCUCCAUCAAGAAAGCCUGCGAUUUCUUGCUAUCCAAGCAACUCCCUUCUGGAGGCUGGGGAGAGAGCUACCUUUCUUCUCAAACUAAGGUUUACACAAACUUGGAAGGUGGGAGGUCACAUUUAGUGAACACUUCGUGGGCCAUGUUGGGCCUCAUUGAAGCUGGACAGGCCGAACGGGAUCCCAGCCCACUACAUCGAGCUGCGAAGUUCCUGGUUCAUUCAGCAAUGGAGAAUGGAGACUUCCCACAGCAGGAAAUCAUAGGAGUAUUUAACAAGAAUGUCAUGAUCAGUUAUUCGACAUAUCGAAACAUAUUUCCGAUCUGGGCGCUCGGAGAGUAUCACAAUCGGGUAUCGUUGCCUCUGCAGAAGCAUUGAAACUCCAACCAUGUUUAUAUAUGAUCUAUGUAUAACGUAUAUGUAUUAUAUAAAUUUAUGUGCCCAUUAUUAUGGAAACUUUUGGAGGGGACAUUUAUGGCAUAAAUUUUUCUGUUUUG